ACUAGUAAGUAAUAAAGUACGCCCUUUAUUCUCAAUUCAAUUCUCAGCACCUGUGUCUCCGACUCUCCAUUUACAUCGUCGGACGCCGUCGCGCAGUUGCCGUUCAAUCUCCCUCAGUCCUCAAUCUCCAUCUCCCGUCGCGAGCUCGCCCUUCCAAACUCACUCCCUCCGCCCAUCGCCUCUCUCACUCUUCCUCUCUCUUUAUCUCUGAUUUUGUGGCAAAGCCAAAGUCAGAAUCCACCCAGAAUUUUAUCUUCAGUGACGCCUCGUACAACUCGAUCGUUUUGUGUCAUUUUCGGAGGCACAGAGGCGCUAUUUAUAGUCUCAGUGAGUGCAAACCAGAAGGUCACCAUUUGAAAUAAGUUGAUCUAGCUUGUAUUGGGUGUGGCAUGGCGUAUGGUGGUCCGGCCAUUGUGGCUGGUUCAGCUUCGACUUCGUCUAUCAGACAGGUCAAACUGGAUAGAGAGAGCGAGCUCAGGAUUGAAGUUGGAAACGACUCGCCUCUUCGUCUACGGCUGCUUUCUGGUAAUGCUGAGAUCUUCGGCACUGAGCUUCCUCCUGAAAUAUGGCUCACUUUGCCACCAAGGCUGAAAAUUGCCGUCUUCACUUGGUAUGGAGCCACACUUGAAAUGGAUGGUGCGACUGAAACUGAUUAUACGGCAGAUGAGACACCCAUGAUUGGUUAUGUGAAUGUUCAUGCUAUACUUGAAGCGCGAAGAAGCCGUGCUAGAGCAUCAUCGUCUGAUGACUCUGGUUCUACUCAGGGUCCAAGGGUAAUUGUUGUGGGGCCUACCGAUUCGGGAAAGAGCACCUUGUCAAGGAUGCUUCUUAGUUGGGCUGCAAAGCAGGGUUGGAAGCCUACAUUUGUGGACUUGGAUAUUGGCCAGGGAUCUAUAACAAUUCCUGGAUGCAUUGCUGCUACCCCCAUUGAGUUGCCCAUUGAUCCUGUGGAAGGUAUCCCGCUCGAAAUGCCACUAGUUUACUUUUAUGGACAUACUACUCCAAGCAAUAAUGUUGAUCUGUACAAAGUGCUUGUGAAGGAGCUUGCCCAAGUACUGGAGAGACAAUUUACUGGCAAUGCAGAGUCUCGAGCUGCCGGUAUGGUUAUCAACACAAUGGGAUGGAUCGAGGGUGUAGGCUAUGAGCUGCUUCUACAUGCAAUUGAUACACUCAAUGCGAAUGUUGUCUUGGUUUUGGGUCAGGAGAAACUUUGGAGCAUGCUCAAAGAUGUACUAAAAAACAAGCCUAAUGUAGAUGUUGUGAAACUUCAAAAGUCUGGUGGUGUUGUAUCCCGAAAUGCUAAAUUUCGUCAGAAAGCCAGGAGUUACAGAAUAAGGGAAUAUUUUUAUGGGCCUGCAAAUGAUCUCUCACCACACUCAAACAUUGCAAACUUCAGCGAUCUUUUCAUUUAUCGCAUUGGAGGUGGCCCGCAGGCCCCUCGUUCAGCUCUGCCUAUUGGUGCAGAACCUGCUGCAGACCCCACACGAUUAGUGCCUGUCAACAUUAAUCGGGAUUUGCUUCAUUUGGUUCUUGCUGUUUCAUUUGCAAAAGAACCUGAAGAAAUUAUCUCAAGCAAUGUUGCUGGAUUUGUUUAUAUUACUGACAUCGACAUCCAAAGGAAGAAAAUUACAUAUCUUGCGCCAUCGGCCGGGGAACUUCCAGGCAAGUAUUUGAUCGUGGGAACCUUGACCUGGAUCGAGACCUGAAAAUCCAGACGCACGAGUUUAAUCAUUUUGUUUGUGACACUAGGACAGAGGAAGUAAAAGAGGAACCCAUAAAUUUUCGGAGAUCAAAAAUCAUUGUAGGCAUUAGAUGUGAAUAGAUAGUCCAGGAAUGUGUUGUGUUGUUCGAUGUGUAAUUUCAAAUAUGGGGCUGAAUUUUUUCAACUUAUUCGAGGUCAGUCAAAGAUCGACGUAUCAAUUGUUGAAAGAUAGGGUAUCAAUGGUAUCUUACUAGUAUCUUGUUUGAACUAAAAAAACGAUUAAUAUUUUUUAAUCCACGCUCAAUUCUACCA